GCUUUGAAGUUUUUGGUCGGCUCAUUCAACUUGACAAACCGACAUCCUUCCUCGUCGUUUUAAAACAAGUCCCCAAGUCCAAAUUUAACAAAACCCUAAAUACAUAUCAAUCACCUUCCAUCUCUCUCAAUCAAACCCUCAAGCAAUUUCGAGACAGACAGACAGACAGACUCUAAUACGAUGUCGUACGACGACGUUGAGAUAGAAGACAUGGAGUGGAACGAAGAGUUACAAGCCUUCACAUAUCCAUGCCCGUGCGGCGAUUUGUUUCAAAUCACGAAAGACGAUCUCCGACUCGGCGAAGAAAUUGCUCGAUGCCCGAGUUGUUCUCUUUACAUCACCGUUGUUUAUAACCAGGAAGAUUUCCUCGGCGAUAAUGAUAAAUCAAAGAAGAAGAACUUAGAACCGGCGAAACAGCUGCCUAUUUCUGUUGCUUAAAAAACACGCAAAUUCAAGGUUGCUGAACUGUUAUCAGAUUAUACUGUUAGGGUUUUCAAUGAUUUUUGGCUGGGUGAGAAAUGAUAUUUUAUGAGGUGAGUUAAAGAAUUUUGUUUCUUUGCUGUUUGUUGUUACAAUGUGUUGCUCUAUUUAUGAGGUGAAUCAAAGAAGAUUUUUUUUUUGCCUUUUUCUUUA